AUGAGAAACUUACAACUAUCUUAUAAGAAAAUACUCUCUAUACCUGGUCCAUUCACAGAUCCUGACUACGAACCAUCUCUAGCCGUUGAAGAACUCUCCAAUGCAAAUGUUUUGGUAAUUGGUGCAGGAGGUCUUGGAUGUGAGAUUUUAAAGGAUUUGGCCUUGUCAGGAAUAAAGAGAAUCAGUGUCAUAGACAUGGACACUAUUGAAUUAACAAAUUUAAAUAGACAGUUUUUAUUUAAAGUGGGUGAUAUUGGGCAAUCAAAGGCUAUGGUUGCAGCUGAAGUAGUUAUGGAACGAGUUGAGGGAGUGUCAAUUACACCCUAUUUGAACAGAAUUCAAGAUUUUGAUGAUGAAUUUUAUAGAAACUUUACAAUAAUUGUCUGUGGACUAGACUCGAUUGAAGCACGAAGAUGGAUCAAUUCUAAAAUAGUAGGUAUAGCCCAAAAUUAUGAUCAGAUAAUUCCAAUCAUUGAUGGUGGUACGGAAGGGUUUCAGGGAUCAGUCAAAAUGAUAAUACCUACGAUAACUGCUUGUUUUGAAUGUUACCUGCCUCUGAUACCCGACAGGGUCACAUAUCCGUUAUGCACACUUGCAUCGACUCCAAGAUUGCCAGAACAUUGUAUAGAAUGGGCACAUCAGAUUGAGUGGGGUAAAAAGUACAGUCAUGAAUUUAAUGCUGAUGAUCUCGGUGAUGUUUCGAAAAUGUACCAAUUGGCAUUGGAGAGGGGAAAACAGUAUGGAAUUGAGGGUAUUACUAAAGAGAAAACCCUAGGUGUUGUCAAAAAUAUCAUUCCAGCAAUCGCAUCAACUAACGCUGUUGUUAGUGGGCAAGUGUGCAAUGAGGCAUUCAAAUUUCUCACUAGCUGCAAUCCUAAUAUGAAAGAUUCAAUGUACUAUAAUGGAGAAAACGGUGUUUUGUUUGAAACCGACGAGUAUCAUAAAUUACCCGAUUGUGCUGUUUGUGGGAUAAAACGGGUCAAACUAACAGUUGAGAAUGGAACUUCAAUUGGCCAAUUUGUUAGUAAAAUCAAGGAUGCAUAUAAACUAAUAAAGCCACUAUUUAUAAAGGAUGAUAAAGAGCUCUUCAACUUCAAAUUUGACACAAUCGAUGGUCCGGUUGGUAGCAAACCUAUAGAGAACGGGGAGUUGAUAGUGAUUGAUAAAAACAUUUCAACCUCAAUGGUUGUCGAGAUCAUAGUAGAAGAUUUGUAG